AUGGGCUGGUAUAGACAGCAUGCCAAAAUUAUGGUAGCUAUUAUUUCUCCAAUUAGUGUAUUACUGAAACUCGGCUGCUGGAAUCCCAUCACUGGUCUGAAUGGGUCAUUGACAGACAGAAAGUUGGAGAAUAACAUGCGAGGAGUGGUUCUGCGGGUGGUGACUGUGCUGGAAGAACCCUUUGUCAUGGUGUCUGAAAAUGUUCUGGGAAAACCAAAGAAGUAUCAAGGCUUCUCAAUAGACGUGUUGGAAGCCUUGGCCACUUACCUCGGCUUUAAAUACGAAAUUUAUGUUGCACCGGAUCACAAGUAUGGGAGUCCUCAAGAUGAUGGGUCAUGGAAUGGACUGAUAGGAGAACUGGUAUUUAAGAGAGCUGAUAUAGGAAUUUCUGCCCUAACCAUCACCCCUGACAGGGAAAAUGUGGUGGACUUCACAACGCGUUACAUGGAUUACUCAGUGGGCGUGCUGCUUCGAAAGGCAGAGAAGACAGUGGACAUGUUUGCCUGCUUGGCACCGUUUGACCUCUCCCUGUGGGCGUGCAUAGCUGGCACCGUGCUGUUAGUAGGGCUACUGGUCUACCUCUUGAAUUGGCUCAACCCUCCGCGCCUUCAGAUGGGAUCCAUGACCUCCACAACUCUCUACAACUCGAUGUGGUUUGUGUACGGAUCCUUUGUGCAACAAGGAGGAGAGGUUCCAUACACAACCCUGGCAACCCGACUGAUGAUGGGGGCUUGGUGGCUUUUUGCUUUGAUUGUCAUCUCCUCCUACACGGCAAACCUAGCAGCUUUCCUCACCAUCACACGCAUUGAGAACUCCAUCCAGUAA